GAAAUAAUGAGGCAAGUUCUAAACAAAUGGAACAUGCAGUACUAAUUAGCAUAUUAGAGAUAAUGGAACCUGUUUUAGAAGAAAAUGACAUACUUUUAGAUAUUAUAGUAGAUGGAGAUCUUGAUAGUAAUAAAACUUUACGUAGAGUAAAAUGUAUAAAUAAGAUUUUUUCUGAUCUUAAACAUUUAACAUUUAAGAAAUGGAAAUAUUAUUCUCGUUAUGAAGAUGUAAUAUUGAAUUACUAUAAAAAGUGUAUAUUUGCUGCAGCUGUUCGAAAAGAAUAUAAUAAAGAUUUACCACUUACAACUGAAUUG